CUGCGGCCCCUACUAAUGAGGCGGCGCACGGAGCUCACCUGUGCGGCUGACGUCAUGCUGCUAUUAAUGAGGAGGCGCACGGAGCUCACCUGUGCGCCUGACGUCAUGCUGCUGCUGUGCUGCGUCUUCCUGCUGAGCUGCCGUCCCGCCGCGGGGGGUCCGCCCCUGCCCGGGAGCCGCUCUCCGGGGGUCCAGGAGGACUGGAGUCAGUCUCCGGGGGUCCAGGAGGACUUGGGUCAUCUCCUGCCGGUGUUCCGCCAUUCUCGCCGGCCUCUCGUGGCCAAAGAGCUGCUGCGACCAUCUUCCCGCCGCACGCCACUUCCCGCCCAACUCGCCGCGCUCUUCUUCCCGCGGGAAAGCCCGGGCCGGAAGUGGCCUCCGGCUGCCAGAGUGCGUCCGGUGGAGGUGUGGUGCGGCAUGAAGGAAGUCGUCCUCCGCCUGGACCGCCUGCAGCUGCGCGCUUGGCCCGUUCCGGCUCGGUUCCGUUUGGGUUCUUGUCAGGCCGCCAACGUCACCUCGGACUUUCUCUGGUUCCGCUUCGCCCUCACGGACUGUGGCGCCAAAUCUCAGGUGUUUGCUGCUCAGCUGGUGUAUACUUUUACUUUGUACUACACUCCUCCACCACAACUACAUGUACUACGUGUUCUACCAUUUGUACUACCCAUCCACUGCCACUACAACAGGUUCCAUUACUCCUACCAGGUGGGCUUCACACCUGAACUCCAGCAGGUGACCUUCAUGAAGAACAUCAGAAGUCAGAUGACCUUCAGCCUGAAAGUCUGCACAGGUGACACACGCACCUGCACAGAUGAUUGGGAGUCCGUCCCGACCGACCACUCGUUCGUCUUGGGAGAAUCUGUGAACUUUGUAGCUGAGAGCGGACACGUGUUGCCAGGUGAGCGCCUCACUGUGGACUCCUGCUACGUGAGCAGCUCCAACGAGCCCGACAGCGUGCCCAAAGUGGACAUCAUCAGCAACUACGGAUGUUUGACGGACGGUCUGAGGGUUGCCAGUUCCUCCAAGUUCUGGUCAAGGAAGGCUAACUUGAUCAAGUUUUCAAUCGAUGCCUUUCUCUUCAGAAACCUCUCCCAGGUACUGUACCUCCACUGUUCAAUGUCAGUCGCUCUCACCAUUUCCCACACCUCCAAGUCCUGCAACUACAACAAAUCUACUGGCAGGUGGGAGGAAGUGCAGGCACCACCUUCAGUAUGCUCCUGCUGUAGUUCCACAUGUGGGGACGUGCAGGACUCUGUGAAGAACAUCGUCAGCAGUCCUGGCUGGCAGACUCGCCAACAAGAUGACGCCAGCAUGAAGGCGAUAUCUUCUCAGGGCAAAGAUUGGGUGGACCGAGAAGAGGAAAGGGGGAAAAAAGUGGACCUUAUAAUGCUGGACACUUCCUGGAUGGACUCUAAGACUGAGGAGACCAUUGAAGGAGACCAAGAACCGAGGCUGGAGACCAUUGAAGGAGACCAAGAACCGAGGCUGGAGAACAUUGAAGGAGACCAAGAACCGAGGCUGGAGAACAUUGAAGGAGACCAAGAACCGAGGCUGCACACAAUUAUCAACAACGAUGGCACAACUUACAAGCAGGGAUGGAUGGAAGAACAACACACUGACAACCAACAAAUGGAACCAACACCAGAUCCCAGGGUUAUGUUGGAUCAGGGGAAGAAAGCCACCAAUGGUUGGAUGGACAACAGUACACAGAAUCCCAGCCUUGUUGGGGAUCUUGGCUCUGCGGGAAACAUUUCCUCUAAUGUGAUUUCCCUUGUGGAGCUGUGCUCUAAUAUUGAUACAAACAGCUGCCCGCCCACAGGUGAUGCAUUCAAGGGUACAAGCGGGCAGAACACGGAGGAAAUGAACUUUCCUGCCUCAGCUGAGAGCCCACCUGUGUCAAAUAUGUUGGACAACAGUCAGUCUACUAUUGUGUCCUUGGACAGACCGGUAGAAGACUUACCAGAGCCAACAGACGACUACGUUAGCAGUAAAGACCUAGACGGACUUAACGAUUGGUUUCAAAGUCGACAGAUCAGAGGUUUGGAAUGGGACCAGUUGGCCCAGUUCAGACACCUGAUGUGUGUUGAAGGCUUGCUUGAGAAGACUGAUUGUAAUUCUGAAGGUGAAGCUCUCUACCGUGGCAGCUUGGACGUGGCAGUCAAGACAAGUGAAGAACAAAACCAGUACUUUGGUGCCGGUCCAGGUUUGAGAGUUUCAGAGGAAGUGCUGGACAAGCCCCGACACUCUGCAGUGGUAAUCGUUACAAGUGGGAUGGAAGAGAGCGGCCACAUACCUGAGCAGGUGUGGGGCUAGCAAACUUUGGACUAACGUGGACAGAAUGUAGAUUGUUUGAUUGUGUCCGUGCUCGGGAGUUCCACUUCUAAAAACACAACUGGUGGACGUCUUAGGAAUAUAAACACUUUCAAUGCCAGAAAGUCACCUGUGUUGUUUAUUGCCAUCAACCACCAAUUAAUCUCACCUUAAUAAGGUGACAGUCAUGUUACAUAAGGUG